AGAACGUCUGACCAAUUUCAUAGUACUAGUAUCUGGGGCAAGUGGUAAAGGUUUUGGAUUUAUGGAGGUACCUGAUCACCAUGAGACGUAUAGUCCCCCUGUACUGUACACCCAAACUGAUGGCUCUAUUUAUGUAUUAUUUGGUUCUGGAGGAGAGACCAUACAAGGUUCACUUUGGGCAAUAUCUUUGAAGGAUUUAUACCAUAAUAUUGUAACCACCUCGACUGACCCACUUACUGGAGACUACAAACAAUGGGGAAAAUCAACAAAACAGGAAAAAGUUUCAUUGAACUUCUAAGAAGUGAGACCAAUUCUGGUGUAAUGGUGCCUGUAGUAAUUGCUGAUAUGAAUAAUGAUGGCAUAGAUGAUAUUAUAGUAUCUUUAUUUGAUGCCACUGUUACAGUACUGGAUGGGCAAACACUGGAAAUAAUCUGGACAACAGAUUCUAGAUUUCAAGGACUACAGUUCUAUACCACUCCAGCUCUAGGAUAUUUUAAUGAUGAUGAUGUUUUGGAUCUCAUGAUUUCUAUGAGUUAUGGUAAAUACCCAGUGUAUAAUCUAACUAUGCAUGUUGUCCUUGAUGGUGAAAAUGGUGAUAUUUUGUGGAAUCUCAAGUCAUCCAAAAGUACAUGGUCUUCACCCUUGACUUUGCAAACUGGUAAUCACAAAGAUGCAUUUUUGUUUUGGGUACAAGGUCGUCAAGGCAACAUUAUUGACUAUGAGUUGAAGGACUCUAUCGGGAGAGUACGAAGACAUGGGGGCAAAGAAGAGGCUGAAGAAAAUGACGACGAUGAUAAAGACAGUGAUCCAGAUAUCCAUGAACAAGACUGUGAUGUACCUGAAGCAGAGUUCAUAAGUGAAAUGUUAUUAAUGAAUCGUAAUACAAUUAGAAAUCCUAUCAGGGUUGUGCAGGAGAAUUCUGUCAAACAUAUGUAUAGUGUCAAAUACAGUAAUGUAUUAGGUAUGGGCCAGGAAGACAUGGAUAAAAUGAGACUGAAAAUGCAGAAUUCCACUGAUGAACAAAAAAUGAACAUGACUAUAAAAAUGAUAAACCAAGUCAAGGCUUUAUCGGAGUCAGAUGAACGGAUAGUGACUGAUGUCAUGAACCAUAUUUCUGAGGAAGACCUGGCUAAACUGAGGAAUCAUGUCAUGGAAUUCUUGGGUGGAGUUUUGAAAUCGGGAGAUGAUAUCUACACAGUGAUGACUCAUCAUGUAAUGCACCAUGUCCUGCACAUGGAAGAAAGCCAUGGUGGUGAUGGGGACAUGCCUUCGUCAUCGGCGGAGGGAGAACCUGAUUCUCACCCAGAGGGAAUGCCGAAUGAACAUGGACAUGGUCAUGCACAUAAUGAUGAUAUGCCAAUGGGAGGUGAACAUGGUCAUAAUGACGAUGAUAUGCCAAUGGCUGGUCAGCACAGUCAUGAUGACGAUAUGCCAAUGGGGGCAGGUGAACACCAUGAUGAUGAUGAUGAUGAUAUGCCAAUGGCGGGUCAGCACAGUCAUGACGAUAUGCCAAUGGGAGGAGGUAAACACCAUGAUGAUGAUAUGCCAAUGGUUGGUCAGCACAGUCAUGAUGACGAUAUGCCAAUGGGAGGAGGUAAACACCAUGGUGAUGAUGAUGAUGAUGAUGAUAUGCCAAUGGCAUCCCCGGAGAACACAGAUUCCGACAGUAUGCCAAUGCAGCCAGGAAAAAUGCCCAUUGAUGAAGAUAAUAUACCAAUGAACUCUGAAGCCAAGCCAGAUCUACAGGAACCUGCACCAGAACCAUCGAGCACAGUCUUGACUCCACGCAUAAAUGGGACUGACAUUAAUUCCAUAAAACUGAAUUCUUCCAACACUAAUAAUACUGCAGCACCACCACUGAUCUCAGAGAAACACACAACACCAAAGUUGCUUCAUCGUUACAAGAAACCACUUCCGGCAUAUCCACAUAGAUUACCCUACACCAAAUACAAACUACCAGGACACUCACGACAUGCAAGACAUGGUGGUAGUGAAGAAGAACAUGGUGAUAUGGGAGAAAUGGAAGAAACCAUCUCUGAGAUAAUUGUUAAUCCUAAUGGUGCAAUGUGUGCUAGAAUGGUCAUGGAUAUUAAACCUACAGGCGCUGUCGGUAUGGUUGAUGGUCAGCUCAACUAUUUCUUCUUAGAAAACUGGAUUGCUUAUUACAGAGAUUUUGGUGGAUCAAUCAAGGGUGGCGACUAUAAAGUUAUUGCGAGAAAAAUUAAUCUAAAUACAGCUAUUCAACAAAAAGACACUGUCAAACUGGACAAACAUCUUUCAAUCGGAGAAAGCAUACACAGUGUGGAUACCAUGGAUGAAUCAGAAGAAUCUUUUUCAUUCUUACCUAAUGGGUUGCAGAGUUGGUUAUCAUACAUGGGAGGAAAUGGUGAUGGACAUUUCAAACAUGUAUAAUUAUGUCUGCAGCAUUCUGUCGCACAGCACAUCCUUAACAUUUCUAUCCAAAGCAUAAGCUUAUUUCUACAGUACCCAAAUCUCUAUUUUGUGAAGCAUUCGUAUUAUAUUAGCUUAUGCUGUAAUGGUUGAAAUAUUCCUUAAAAUUUAAUAGCACAUUAUACUAAUUUUAAAUUCAAGAUGUAGACUAAAUAUUUUUAUACGCCAGAGAUCAAUUG